GUUUAUCUUUAGACACUCACAACAGAAGCUUGGAAACCUCUGUAUCAGAAGUGAAAGUUGGAGUUUUAUUCAGUUUUAUUCAGUUUUAAUCGCUAAUCCUGCUCUGUGAUAAAUACUGAGUAAUCUUUACUCGCCGGUGUGUCCGCGCCUGUAUAAAGGACUUCACCUCAUUUUAUUAGUUAAAGUCUACACUGUAAGAUGUUAAAACUUCUUCUGUUUCUCACAUUUUCUGCUCAUCUUUCAUCUGCAGACACACACACUCUGCAGUACCUCAACACUGCAGUCACACCAGGAGUAAAUUUCACUGCUGUUGGUCUGGUGGAUGGAGAGCAGUUUGUGUACUACAACAUCAACAUGAUGAGGAUCUCAGAGUGGAUGAAGAAGGCAGCAGCUGAUGAUACAGAUUACGAGCAGAAAGAGACACAGCAUGUGAAGGAUCAACAGGACUCACUCCAAAACAUUGUGACUACAGUAAUGAAGAUCUUUAAUCAACCUAAAGGAGUUCAUAUACUACAGAGGAUAUACGGCUGUGAGCGUGAUGAUGACGGCACCACUAGAGGAUACAAUGAGUACGGUUAUGAUGGAGAAGAUUUCAUCAGUCUGAAUCUGAAAACUGGAACCUGGACUGCAGCUAAAGAUGAAGCAGAGAUCUUCAUAAAAGAGUGGGAUCCUACAGGAGAUAAAGCUAAAAAGUCGAAGCAGUUCCUGAAGACUGACUGUAUUGAUCGGAUACAGAAGGUUCUGAAUUAUGGCAAAGAAACUCUGGAGAGGAAAGAUCCUCCUACAGUGUCAGUGUUCCAGAAUCACUCGUCUUCUCCAGAGGUGGUGUGUCAUGCUACAGGUUUCUUCCCCAAAACAGUGAUGAUCACCUGGCAGAAGGACGGAGAGGACGUGCAUGAGGGCGUGGAUCUCAGAGACACGUUACCCAACCAGGAUGGAAGCUUCCAGAAGAGAAGCGUUCUGACAGUCUCAGCUGAGGAUCUGCAGAAACACACCUACACCUGCGUGAUUCAGCACAGCAGCUUGGAGAAGGAGAUAGUGCUGCCUGUGAGCGAGCGUCGAAUCCUGAAUCCUGAUCGAAGAACAGGUGGAGGAUCAGAUGGAGGAUCAGAUGGAGGAUCAGGUGGAGGAUCAGGUGGAGGAUCAGAUGGAGGAUCAGGUGGAGGAUCAGGUGGAGCUCCGAUUGGUAUCAUUGUUGGUGUAGUUGUGGCUCUUGUUGCCGUUGUUGCUGGAUUUGUGGUCUGGAAGAAGAAGAAGAACUCUGACUCCACACCCGUUCCAGUCUCAGACAGUGAGAUACAUCUGAAAUGAUGGAUGUACUGAUAGUUCUGCAUCUGGGGAGGCAGAGUCUGAGGUGUAAAUACAGCUUCACUUCCCACUCUUUCUGUUUAUCAGAACUGACUGUUUAGAAAUAGUAGAUGAUUUAUUACUGGGUCUAAAAUGACCAGCUUUAUAUUGUAUAAUUUGAAAAACAAUCUCCACUAUAUCAAACGUGCGAUUAUCUUCACCUCUACAGAGAAAAGAACAGAAGUGUAAGGACAGUGAUGAGUUCAUACAUUUAUGCAAUCAUCAGCCCUGUAAUUACUGACUCACAGUGAUAUGGCAGUGGUGUGGUGGUGGGGGUCUCCUAUGAGUGAUAAAGGGUUAACCGCGUUUUGGCGCUUUAGUUUUUAAUUUAGUCUUAGUCCUGUGUCAAAUGUCUUUGAUUUAUAGUUUUAUAUAUAUUUUAUAGAUAUUUAGUCAUCCUUACCCUAAUUUUUGGUUCAGUCAACAAAAACUGUUGAAAUUCAUAACCAUAAGAUUAAGAACAGUUAGUGUUUAAUGAACUCCGUAUCGUCUUCAUCGUUGAAAAAAAAGGCUCUUUCACACUGAGCACGACGCAUUAAAACGUAGUGAAUCACAGAUGAACGAUGCUUUCACACCGAACGCGAAACGAUUGAUUGUCUUCAGCUAAUUCACAUCUGCACGAUAGGUGGCGCUGACCAAGAAUGCAUUUUACACAUGCACACUAGGUGGCACAACCCACUACCUUUGAGCCCCGAGAAUCACUUAAAUGUUGGUGCAGAGCACCACAACACAAACUGUUAAGAAGAAAGAAUUUUGUGUUUUUUGAACAGCACCAUCGAGCUGAUUUAGUCUGAAUGAAAUAAUGUGAAAUAUAAUAAAUAACACAGCAGUGGGACAAAACCUGAAUUUAAUGCCCAAUACCAGCACAGUUUUAUUUUCGUGGUGGAAAAAAGUGUCGCUUUGUCACGCCGUGAAUGAACCGCGCCCGGUGUGAGUAGCUCCACAGGGAUCUAUUGUUUCGAUACAAGAUCAUCAUCACAUCAAACAUUCACACUGCUUAAUCACGCUCAGUGUGAAAGGCCCUUAAGAACAAUAAACAUAAGAAAAUUCACAGUAUAAUUAAAAAAGAGGUAAUAUAAGUAGUGGAAAGUGACAAGUAAUGAUAGUUAUGUUUUGCAUUUAUUUUAAUUACAGAAAGGCUUUAGAAAGUCUGUUAUAAAAGAUAAAAAAAAACUAUAAUGUAGCAGUUGAAAAGAUAUACGACUAUAAAGUGUGUAACACUGCUGUAUUCACACUGCCAUGUCCGUGUCUAGUCAAGUCCAUAGCCGAGAGUGACAUCACAGUACAUUUAAAGUGCUACAUUUUACAUUUUAAACAUUUAUCGUGGCAUAAAUUAAAAUUAAUUAUUCAUAAAUUAGGCUAGCGGUGGUGUAGAGGUGCAUGGGGGAUUUAUUCCCUCCCAAAAACAUGCCAGUAGAUGACUGAGAUAAAGUGCCUCUGUGCAGGAUGUGUGUGUCGUGUCCUGUGAAGGACGGCCGUCCCAUACAGUGUCUACUGAAGACAAAUUAUUUACUUUUUUUAAAAUCCACAAACUGCAUAUGUACAGUAUCCAAUAUUUUCAUUCUGUUUGUUUAUAUUUUUGGGUUUGUUUUAGAGUCUAGUGGGGUUUAAUGUGGUGUUACAUUUAUAAAUAGUUUUUUUUAACCUUCUUAGAAGUUAAAAACUACAAAACUGUCAGAUAGGCCUGUCACAGUGAACGCUUUUGUUAGACGAUGCAUUGUCCCAGAAAAAAUUAAAGUGAGUCACUUUAAGACCAUUUUAAGACGCCGCUAUAACGAUAAUAUAACAGCAAAGUUUUUGUCUUCUGACGAAAAUAUCCUUUAGAUUUAGUCAAUAUUUAUCCUGUCAUAUUUAAUCAUUUUAGUCAAUCACUCUGAUUAAAGCUGCACUGAAUAUCAGACAUUUUAGUUGAUGAGAAAACACAAAAAAAAGAAACUAAAUAUUCACACAUUCUGUAUAAACGUGAAAAACAUGUGCCCUUAUUGUGAACCUGAUCUUCUGAAAUAUUCCAGUGAGGUCACUACUGUAAUACAAUAUUGUGAAUUCUUGCUUUAGUUCUUUGUUGUGCGUGUUAUAGUGCGUGUUACAGAAACCGUUCUACCUCGUACCCUCACUGAAGUUCAACUUCACUAGUGCAUUCAUGUCAUUUUGUGCAGAAGUGUGUUGUAAUAUUAUGUUCAUGUUGUGUAAAUCUCUGAUUAAUAUAGGAUGUGUUUGGGUGAGAUAAUUAACCUGCUAGUAAAGCGCUUCAGUUUCCCGUGUUGAUUCAAUCCCCGACAUGAUUUAGUAGUUAGUAUCCUGCGUCAUUUUUUUCAAAAGUGUUUUAAUUAAAAUCGGUGCUAGUGUUUGCUACACAUCUUAAAUUUGUUUUUUU